AUGCUCACAGAGCACUUCAUAGCCUCUGUGGGCACUCCCACAAAGCCGCCGGGGACAAACAUUGCCAAAGAUGCAGCCAUCUUCCUCCACGAGUUCCAGCCACUUUCUCAGCAGCGAUCCAUCCUCAAGAAAUCCGCUACAGCUCCGAACUGUCUGGCUGUGAGUGAGACUCACAUAUUUGCCGCUCAAGAAAACAAAGGCGUUGUACAUGUCUACAACCGAGAAAAGGGCAACCAGGAAGCAAUUGUGCCUUUUACCGAACGGAUCUCCUCCAUCACUUUGGCCUGCAAUGACUCCGUACUCAUCCUUGGAACUGUUGAGGGACGCAUCUUUUUAUGGGAGACAUACUCCGGGAGGCAAGUGACGACUACACAAGCACACCUGCAAGCGGUCACUUCGGUCAAGGUAGAUGCGACAUCGAACUUUCUCCUCUCGGCAUCCAAGGAUUCCACGGUGCAUGUUUGGUCGGUCCCAGCUCUGCUCUCCUUUUCAACCGCUGGCGAUGUCUCACCGCUGAGGACUUUCUCAUCACAUCGCGGUGAGAUCACUUCGCUGGUACUUGGACACAGCGCCUCGCAUUGCAACUUCGCCGUGUCUGUAUCGAAGGAUAGGACUUGCUUGAUAUGGGACUACCGGACGAAUCACCUGCUGCGAACAUACCUUUUGCCUGGUGUUCCGCUCUGCUUGUGCCUGGACCCUGCCGAUCGAUCUGUCUAUGUGGGAUAUGAGGAUGGCAGCAUACAACAGAUAGACUUGUAUGCCUCACCUAUUGGAUCUCUUGAUGCCGUUCAGAAUGGCAAGAAUCCGACCGAUCCCGUUCAGCCGCCUACUUCCUCAAUAUGGAAAGUUGCGGACUCUUCUCAUGGGGCUACGCUUAGCCUCGAUGUUUCCUUCGACGGAAAUGUGGUGAUAUCUGGCCAUCAGUCCGGUGCUAUUCUGAGCUGGGAUGUUGCAAGAGGGAAUUUCAUAUCGUCGCAGACACAACACACGCUGCCGGCGCCGGUGAACUGCCUGUCUUUCUUGCCCGUCACUGGAUUUGCUACAUCCGCUUCGACAAGUCCGCAAAAGAAUACGAAGAUCCAUGAAGCUGUCAAACCUAAGUUCGCCGCCUUCGAUACUGCAGACUCUGGUACGGUACCCGGCAACUAUACUGUUCAAGUCCGGUUCCCCAAAGACCUGCACCUCUCACGGAGUCACAAGAAGCCAUCAGAUUUCAUGACUGCCCUUACCGCUCCAUCAUUUCCAACGGCAUUGCUCGAUGAGGGUCUCUGUGAACUCGCAUCUUGGGGCAAAACUGCCUCAAAUCAGUCCAACGGACAUCUCGAAUUGGACGCACUGAGGAGAGUCCAAAAGACAAGCUUUGACAAAAUGGGAAAGCUGAAUGAAGACAGAAAAGCGCUGUUGAAGCGCGAACAAGCCCGGUUGGCAAGAAAGGGUAGUCGAAAACCCAACGGCAAGAUCGCCCCACAGAGCGACGAGGACCUUACAGACGAAGAUUCUGGAUGA